AUGCGUCUAAAUACUGAGGAUAUCCACAAUAUAGCUGUGGAAGUGGCUAAGGUAAUGAAGAAUGCACAAACCGGUAAUGUUAACCAAUCUGGAGAACGACAUGAAGAAAGCUCAGCAGCCUCCACGCCAGUUCAAAGGGAAGGAAUGGGCGAAAGGAAAAACACUAUUGCAACCAUGCCACUAGAAGGAAAAGGUGAAUAUCCCAAAUCAAAGGAAUGUACUUAUAAGCACUUCAUGUCCUGUAAACCUCAGUCCUUUGACGGAAGAAAGGGAGUACUAGAAGCUCAAGACUGGCUCAACAGAAUGGAGUCAGUAUUAGACAUAUGUGAGUGUGAUGACCGCAACAAAGUACGGUUCGCGGUACAUAUGUUUGAAGCUGAAGCCCUUCACUGGUGGAACAUUGUGGUCCGAACAGAGGGAAAAGAAAAGGUUAAGGAGAUGAAGUGGGAGGAGUUUAUUCAUAAGUUUCUUGCUAAGUAUUGCCCUCCCAGUGAGACCGAGCAACUGGAAGUGGAAUUCUUUCAGUUAAAAAUGGGAAAUAAAACCUAUCGAGAGUAUGUUUCUCGUUUCAACGACAUAUCUCGACUGGUUUCUUAUUUAGCAUUGAUUGAGGAACAACUGAUCAAUAAGUUUAUUUGGGGUCUACCCUCUGAAAUGAGGGUGUUUAUCAAAUCCAAAUCCCCCAAGACUUUUGCAGAAACUGUUGAGGCUGGCGUCGUCAUGGCUGCCGAGAUGAUUCUGCGGCAGGCUGAAUCUCCCGCACCAAAAAGAAAGUGGGAAGAAAGAAAGGGGGACACCCGGAAUAACAACUUUAAAAGGCCUAAAACAUUUCCUCAAUGUCAAAUUUGCAAACGCUUUCAUACGGGGGAAUGUCGUUUUCCUUGUCCAAAUUGUAAAAAGACGGGUCAUGCUCUUCAAGAAUGCAAGGAAAAGAAGAAGUGUUUCAAAUGUGGAGACCCUAACCACAUGAGAUCUGAAUGUCCCGAACUCAAAAGAAAUGAUAGGACACAACCAAAUCAGCCAAAAGGGCGUGCAUUUGUACUCACCACAGAAGAAGCCAAGACCAAUACAGAUGUUAUCACGGGUACGUAUCUCGUAAAUGAUGUAUAUGCGCGUGUGUUAUUUGAUACCGGUGCAAAUAGAAGUCUAGUGUCGACUACCUUUAGACCUUACUUGAACCAGGCGUCCCAAACCCUAGAUCAUGCCUUUACAGUAGAAAUGGCUGAUGGAAGUCAAAGAGAGAUAGUUGACAUAGUUAAGAAUUGUAAAAUAAGCUUAAACAACCAUGUUAUCCCUAUAGACCUAAUGCCUAUGGAACUUAGAGAAUUCGACAUAGUCAUAGGAAUGGACUGGUUGACACCAUAUCAUGCGAAAGUUAUAUGUGACAAAAGGAUCGUCCGACUCCGAUUACCCAACGGUAAACAACUAACUGUAUCGGGAGACCGCACUGACAAGACUAAGAACCUUAUCACGAUAGCACAAGCACAUAAAUGCCUAAGGAAAGGGUAUGUUGCCUUUUUAGCAUAUGUCGUAAACACUACAGAAAAGCAGAAGGUCGAGGACGUGCCAGUAGUACGAGAAUACCCCGAAGUGUUUCCCGAUGAGCUCCCGGGACUACCAUCGGAUAGACAGGUUGAGUUUCGCAUUGACCUAGUUCCAGAUUCCAACGUAUUGUAA